CUGUGUGUGUAGAGGAUGGGAUAGGGGUGGUGUCGGGGUCGAUCGGGAUGUCGGACUUCUCCGAUGAGAUCUUGUUAAGUAUCCUGCGCUAUGUCUCGACCUCUGACCUCGUGAAUAACGUUUCCCGGACCUGCCGCAAACUACACACGCUCUGCUAUGACAAGACACUGCUGACCACGGUCACACUGUCUGAAGAAUACACGGCUGAUGACGGCGCUAUUCGCCAGGUGCUGAAGCAUCUAUCCAAUCACGUGCAGUCCCUCAGCCUUAGCGGCUGCUAUUGGCUGUCGGGUUCUACCAUCGACCGCCUGAUUCGCUGUCGCUCCCUGGUGCGUCUGGACCUAUCAGGUUGUCGCGUCACCUCCCUGCGUCUGUCCCGCCUCCUCUCAUCCCUCCCCCUCCUCCGAUCUCUCGCUUUUGACGUAUCGCCUGGCUUCGAUUCCGCCCAGCUGAGUGGGGAGGCCCGUGAUUCGCUGUCUCGGCUGUCGGAGCUGAGACAGACGGUCCUAACGCCGAGUUACGGGGUCGUUCCCUGCUGCUCCAGCCUCUUCAGUCUGCAGCUGCAGCUGGACAUACUUGAUGUCACCAGGGAGGGUACCAGUGUGUGUUGCCAGUUGAUGAUGGGUCAGAGCAGUGUUCCUCACUACCAACAGCUGGAGGAGUUUACUGCCUGUCUGGCACCUGGAGAGGUGAACCAGACUCUACUCCUCCUCUACCUCGCUGUGUUCAGUG